GACGAUUAGGUUCUACCAUUCUUGUUAGUACCAAUAUCUUUUUAGAAUUAAUUUUAAAUCAACCAUGUGUCACUUGUCAUGAUAUAAAUUUUUCAAACUACAAAACUAAGAUCAGAACUAUUGGAUUGGAAAUUUGCAUUACUAAGAAAUGUAUGCUAUGUUCUGAUGAGUCAGAAUAUUGUAAUGAAAGGUCAGGAGAUGAUUUCUCUAAAUGCCUAGCAGAUGCUGGUUUAGUUGGAGGCGUUAAUAGAGAAGAAUUGCGAUCUAUGUUAGCAUUAUUAGGAAUUACAAGACAAAAUAGACAUCAGCAAUAUUUUGAUAAACAAGAAGAAUUUUUCUCAAAUUUAUAUCAAGUAACAAACAUUAGUACUGAAGAUGCUUUG